AUGAGAGCUCAUCGUGGAAUCUUCUACACAAUCGCUACGAUAACCAGGGGAGGUUGCUGUGCAGUAUUGAAUAUAGAGAUUCCUUCUACAGUUUCAGCAGCCGAAGACUGGUCUCUAGCACCACAAAGAGGUGCUUGCACACUUCUAAAGGAUCAUGGCAAGACUAUGGUGGCUACAAAGACCUUGCAGUACCGAGCAAAAUUCGAUCGCGCAGAUUUCGUCCCGCGAAAGCCAUAG